UUGACCCUCAGCUGUAAGUAACCUCAACGCGGCGGCGACUGGAUUUGUCUCAUUUGUUUGUUGAAAUUGUUGAACUUAUUAAACUUGCACAAUGAGCCGCAACUACAAGGAGGAUCAGACCAACGAGGUGGAGGCGUUGGACUCCAUAUACUGUGGCGAAAUGGAGAUUCUCGCCACGGAGCCGCACCACAAAUUCCAGAUUCCCAUCGCCACGGAGGAGUAUAGUUCGGAGGAGCCCGAGAAAGGUCUGUCCUGCAAACUGGUCUUCACAUACACAGCCACCUAUCCGGAUGGAGCACCCGUGGUGGAAAUCGAGGAGCCAGAGAACUUUGAGGACACGUUCGAAACGCGCCUGCUGGAACACCUGCAAAAGACAAUUGAGGAGAACCUGGGCAUGGAGAUGAUCUUUUCGCUGGUGAGCAGUGCCCAGGAGUGGCUGAACGAGCGUUGGGAUGAGCACAAAUUCCACCAGGAGGAACUGCGAGAACAGAAGCUGCGGGAAGUCGAAGAGGAGGAACGCAAGAAAUUCGAGGGCACCCGUGUGACGGUGGAGUCCUUCCUCACAUGGAAACUCGAAUUCGAGGACAGCACCGGCAUUGCCGCCAAGCGGGAGAAGAACAAUGUGUCCAAGAAACAAACCGGACGCGAACUCUUCAUGUGCGACACCACGCUCAACGAUUCGGACAUCAAGUUCCUCCUGGAGGCGGGUGAAAACAUUGAGAAUGUCAAAAUCGAUGAGACGCUGUUCCAAGAUAUUGGCGAACUGGAUUUGGAUGAAGAUGAUGAUGAGGAUUGGGUGCCCGGUGCGGACGACGACGACGAUUAAGUUACAAACUAGGUCUACUCCGUAGAGUGAAGUUACAACUCAAUGGCAUAUUUGUGAAUUGUAAAUAACAUUAAAUGCCAACUUCUUUAUUAA